AUGGGGUUUCAUAUUCAGAGCUACAUUGCCAUGGCUGGGCGGGCAAUAAACCCCGUGCGGUGGAAACGACAGUGGCAUGAGAUGAAGGGCCGGCAAUUUAGUGACGUUUCGACGCAAAUGAUGGCAUGGACAAACAAACAGUUUGCUCAGAUUGCUCGUUGCUCCGAAUACCGGCGUUGGUGGUGGGCUAACCCCCUCGGCAUGGGCCUCGUCUUCUACGGUGGAUACAAGGCGUGGCAUAUGAUCUACAUGGUUCGCAAGCAGAAGAAAACUGCCCAGAUCGUUGCUGCAGCGUACGGCCAGGGUGGACAGUGGCUGAACCCCGUUCCCAAGUAA